AUGUCGCCUGCCCGAUGCCUCCUGGUCCUCGCGAUGUUGAGCACCGCGAGCAGUCUUGACCCGUUGAGUCCGCACGCGUGCAAUUGCGGGAUGUGCGGUAAAGACGCCAUGGUGGAGGAGCUUCUCCUUCAGCGGCAGAGGAAGAUGAUGAAGCUAGAGACUCUCGUGCUGGGAUCUUCUCAGGUCCUCGCUGAACGUGACACGGUGGCACUGAGGACUCGAUGGGUUGACCUGAACGAGGAGCAGGAAGCAGCCGCUCAGUCUCUUGCUGCCAGCAUGCGCGCUGAGUUUCCUGGCUGCCAUGACGAGCUCGAGAUGCGGCAGGGAGAAUGGAUCUCCUUCACAUGCAGGCUGAGUGACUGCAAAGUGCUAAAAAGCCUGUCAGGCUGCAUGUCUGUGGGAGAGAAGUCGAAGUUCAGAGUGCCGAACUCGAUAGUGCCGGCGCUCUGCCGGGAGAUGUUCGUUCAUGGGAUGAGUCUGAUCAGCUUUCAGAGCGACGGGACUGAUUUUCUCCCUUGCUCCACAGACCUCAACCGAUUGCUGUCUAUGAAUAAUCAGCCACCAGCCUCUCUGGUACAGCAGGGAGCCGCGUGUCUAGAGGUGUUUGUGAUCUGCAGAGACAUGAGUCCUGUGAGGCAUCUCUGUGAUGUCUACUGGAAGAGCUUGUCGGUUGUAAGAAACAACUCAGCGAACAGCACCGAGGACAAGGGAAAAGUGGCCAAGAUCAGGAAAGCAGCAGGAGACAACUUCUGGCUUCAUCUCCCUCAGGAUCCUGACGGGGCAGCAGGGACUCAGAACCCCCUGCUCUCAAACGAGGACAACAUCAAACUAGCAAUGCGGAAGAGAAGAGGAGAUGAGCAGCAGAUGAAGCUCCCAAUGGGUGUCUGGGUGGCUGUUGUGUCCCUCAUGGGGGAGGGAACUUCGAUCGAAUGCCUUUGCCCGACCGACACCCAGCAAGGAACUUUCAAGACGUCUUCCUCCUCCAGUCUUCCUCACAGUGUUCCACAGCCAGAGAACUUCACGAGAUACCGCGUGCGGCUCCUUUCAUGGAGUGAAGUGUCGGUCAUGAGACUCGAGGAACGGACGUUCAACCAUGCAAGGAGGAGGAGGAGGAGAUGCAGGAUACGUGCACAGAUUGAAAGUCGGAUAGGAUUCCAGCCAGCAAAUCAAGAUCCCCGAAGUAUCCUUCAGGGCCCCGACCCCCUCGCCACCUCCACGGUGCCUCUUCCGAGCGCUCUGCGUUCGUUCUUUGACCUUGGAGACCAGUUGUGCGAAUGUCUACAAGAAAUGAUGAUCGGAGACGUUUACGUCGUAGCCAUUCCCUCUCGCGCUCUCGACGACAAAUUUCUCUCUUGGAGCACGAGCAUCAAGGAUUACAGAAUCUUAAAAGCUUGCUUGCUUGACGACAAGAACCUGGGUGCGAAUGUACAUAGCGAACCGAGCAGUGGCAACGACGAAGUGGAUCAGGAUGAGGAGGAAGAGGAGAGGGAAGAGCCAGAAGAGGAGCUCGAGCAUUUUCUUCUCUACAAAGUGAAAAUCCUCGAAGCCAUUCCUUCGUUCCAGCUCCCACCUCAAGGUCCUCACCCUCCCCAGCAAUGGUCCAUCUGA